GCCUUCCCGAUCCAGGGUCCAACGCUGCACUCUUUCACAAGGACAGCACUCCUUGCUGGAUGAGACCGUAGUUGCGUCUGCCCCUCCCACAGGUGGUUCGUUGGUUGUCCCGAUCGAGUCGCACGCCCUUCGUCAACCCGUAAGGUGAAGACCAGACUCCAACCAAUGCUCCGACCUUCACCGUCACCGUCAACAACACCGACAACCAUAGUCCGUCGGUAUCUCCCUCAACUCGCACGGAGAGUACAUCCAGACCUGUUCGCCCACUCCGCCGACCCGAAUAUACAACAAACGAAUGUCGCCAGUUUACAAAGCCUCAAUGCGCUGGUUUCGCAGGUGUUCCCUGCUGGCACCAAGUCGAGUAAAUGCCGGGGGGAUCCGCCGUUGGAUGGGAGAGUUAUGAUAAGCGGGUUCAGAGGAGGGGAUGUGAAGCUCCAAUUCUACUGCAAACGCACCCACGGAACCCCCGAACUAGUCCAUCACACCCUCUGCUCCCAACCGACAACACCCGGCCCGAGCACCGCCCCCACCCGCCCCCUCAUCCCACCCCUCCUCCUCAAACGCCUCACACCCCUCUCCCGCGCCCGCCUCGAAACCCCCCUCCUCGCCGCCUCCUUUCUCUCCCUCUGCGAAAAAGCCGGCGUGAAAGUGGCAGAAGCUGAUAUGGCCGCCGUCAAGUCGUGCGUGGAGAAGGAGCUGAAGAUGAUGGGUGGCGCGGACGUGUUGCGACGGGCUUCGGUGAGACGGGGCGGGGAGGGGGUUGGGACGGCGGCGUCGUAUUUGAGGAAGGAGUUUGAGGAGGCGAUUGGGAGGGAUAUGAGACGGACCAUGGCGGGGGCGGUUGAAGGGGGUGAGAGGGGUUUGCAGAGACGGAAGUAUGCGGAGGGGGAUGCCCCGGCGGCUGCAUCACCACCAUCAGCAAGUCACCCGCCAGCUGCAAACUCGAUGGAGAACACCCACAUCCCACCCAACACGUUCUUCCACCGCGCCCUGGACGCUUCCCAAGUCGCCACCGCAACAGCUACCUUCCGAACCCUACCCCCUGCGAUCUUCAAGGGCUUUCCGGUGCUGGUAGCGAAGCGGUAUCAUCUCAGUGAGAAAGGCGUUAUGGUUAUUCCCUGGGACUUUACUGAGGAGGGCGUGAGGGCGUUUUUGGAGCCGGUGGAUGAUCGGGAUGGGAUGAGGAGGGAGGGCGGAGGGCGGAAGGAGGCUGGAUAGGGCGACUUGGCGCAGGUACUGCUCGUCUACGCAUCCAAGGAAGACCAGGCACGGCGUACAGUUUUGCAACGUAGAGCAGACGCCCGCGUCGGCUUUGGACGGUCGUUCCUUAACCGAUGGAGUGCGGAACCGAGGGAAAGCCCCACAAGCGUCCGAGACUAUCCGGCUAGGAGG